CACCUGUGAAAUCUUCAACGAUGGCGACUGAGAAUCUCACCGAUAAGAAUGUUGUUUUCAGAAAACUGAAAUCAAAAUCCGAGAACAAGGUUUGCUUCGAUUGUAGUGCGAAGAAUCCAACUUGGGCUUCGGUUCCUUAUGGGAUCUUUCUAUGCAUCGAUUGUUCUGCUGUUCAUCGAAGUCUCGGUGUUCAUAUUAGCUUCGUCAGGUCAACGAACUUAGACUCGUGGAGUCCUGAGCAGCUAAGAACAAUGAUGUUUGGUGGGAACAACCGAGCUCAGGUGUUUUUUAAGCAACAUGGAUGGAAUGAUGGUGGUAAAAUUGAGGCUAAGUAUACUUCAAGAGCUGCUGAUUUGUAUAGACAAACACUUGCUAAAGAAGUUGCUAAAGCCAUGGCCGAAGAAACUGUUUUACCGUCAUUAUCCUCUGUUGCUACUUCUCAGCCAGUGGAAUCAUCUGAAAAUGGGUUUACUUCUGAAUCUCCGAAAGAGAGUUCUUUGGUUAAGCAAGAAGCAACUGUUGUCUCCACUUCUUCACCAAAAGCUUCUCAGAAAGUUGUUGCUAGUACGUUUAAGAAACCCCUUGUGGCGAGAAAGACAGGCAAGACUGGUGGUCUUGGUGCUCGUAAGCUUACUACUAAGCCAAAGGAUAACCUCUAUGAGCAGAAGCCUGAAGAACCUGUACCUGUGAUUCCUGCUGCUUCUUCAACUAAUGACACAUCAUCAGCUGGAUCAUCAUUUGCCUCUCGAUUUGAGUACUUUGAUGAUGAGCAAUCUGGUGGGCAAAGUGGCACACGAGUGCUUAGUCAUGUUGCUCCACCAAAGUCAUCGAAUUUCUUUAAUGAAUUUGGAAUGGACAGUGCUUUCCCCAAGAAGUCAAGCUCAAGCUCAUCCAAAGCUCAGGUUGAAGAAACAGAUGAAGCAAGAAAGAAGUUUUCAAACGCCAAAUCGAUUUCCUCUGCCCAAUUUUUCGGAAACCAAAACAGAGAUGCAGAUCUAGACUCAAAAGCUACCCUUCAGAAGUUCUCGGGCUCAGCAGCUAUUUCAAGUUCUGAUCUUUUUGGCCACGGACCAGAUGAUUCCAACAUCGAUAUCACUGCAAGCGAUCUCAUCAACCGAAUUUCUUUCCAGGCGCAGCAAGAUAUGUCAUCUAUUGCUAACUUAGCUGAGGAAACUAAGAAUAAGCUUGGAACAUUUGCCUCUAGUAUAUUCAGUGAUCUUCAGGAUAGAAUGCUGUAAGAAACAUACACAGAUCUUGUCUUUCGAUUUACAGAGAACAAAUUGUCGGAUAUAAAUGUCAUUUUUACUU